CGCCGCGACGGACGCUCGUGUUCCCGCGAAGAAAUUAAGCGAAGGAAUGGGAGCUCGACACGGCUGUCUGCUGCCACCUCGCGCUCGCGCUCUCUGCUCCGUCGCGAUUCGCCACCUCGCCCUCGUCUCGUUUUAGCGCCCCCCCGAGGGCGACGGCGACGGCGACGACGACGGCGACGCGCGGUGUUGCGACGAAAUAUCUAUCGUGCGUGGGCUAGCGGCGGUGGCGUGACGUACGCGGGAGGAGAAGGGGGGAGGCGCUCGUGCUCGUGCGCGCGGCCGGCACGACGCCCCAUGGCCGCCGAGAUCUGCCGCGAGGAGGCGGCCAAGUCGAUGCCGGCUGCGGCGGCCGGCGCCACGGCGAUCGCCAGGCGGCGCCGUAGGGUGGAGGGCUUCCGCUUUGCGGCCGGCUCUCUCGAGCCGCCGCAGGAGGAUGCUGACGCCGGUGUGGCGCGCUGCGGCAAGCGGCAGAGGGUGGCGGGCGCGCGUGCGGGCGCAGGCGCGGCGACCGCAGGCCCGUGCCGUCCGUCGGCCGGCGCGGAGUUCGGGUCCAGGUGGUGGCCGAGGUACGGCGUCACCUCCGUGUUCGGCCGGCGGCGCGAGAUGGAGGACGCCGUGUCCAUCAGGCCGGACUUCCUGCGGGGCUCCACCUCUUCCGGCAAGCACCACUUCUUCGGCGUCUUUGACGGCCAUGGUUGCUCCCAUGUCGCGAGGAUGUGCCAGGACCGGAUGCAUGAGCUCGUCGUCGACGCGUACAAGAAGGCGGUCUCCGGCAAGGAGGCGGCGGCGGCGGCACCGGCGUGGAAGGACGUCAUGGAGAAAGGGUUCGCGCGGAUGGACGAUGAGGCGACGAUCUGGGCCAAGAGCCGCACCGGCGGUGAGCCGGCCUGCCGCUGCGAGCUGCAGACGCCAGCACGGUGCGACCACGUGGGCUCGACCGCCGUUGUCGCGGUCGUCGGUCCUAACCGCGUCGUCGUCGCCAACUCCGGCGACUCCCGUGCCGUCCUCUGCCGCGCCGGCGUCCCCGUCCCCCUCUCCGUCGACCACAAGCCGGACCGGCCGGACGAGCUGGAGCGCAUCAAGGCGGCGGGCGGCCGCGUCAUCUACUGGGACGGCGCCAGGGUGCUCGGCGUCCUCGCCAUGUCUCGAGCCAUCGGGGACGGCUACCUGAAGCCGUACGUGACGUCGGAGCCGGAGGUGACGGUGACGGAGCGCGCCGACGACGAUGAGUGCCUGAUCCUGGCGAGCGACGGGCUGUGGGACGUGGUGACCAACGAGAUGGCGUGCGAGGUCGUCCGGGCGUGCUUCCGGAGCAACGGCCCGCCGUCGCCGCCGGGAUGCUCCCGCCCCAAAGCCGUGCUCCCGCCGCCCGCCGGCGCGUCAGGCGGCGGCGGCGGCGACGCCGUGGUGAAGGGGGUCGACAAGGCCGAGUCCGACAAGGCGUGCGCCGACGCGGCAUUGCUUCUCGCGAAGCUCGCGAUCGCCCGGCGGAGCGCCGACAACGUGAGCGUCGUCGUCGUGGAUCUCCGCCGGCCGGUGCCGUGAUCCGCCAUUAUUAUUGGCUUAUUCUCUUCCUCCUCUAUUUUUUUUCACUUCUUCCCUCCUAAUUUACUCCUGCGAUCAUCGUCGCAAAGAAUUUACUUAGUGAGACCAUCAUGUCUCGUGUGAUUGGUGGAUGGUCAGAACAAGAAAAUUAAAGCAAUUUGCGACGUGGAUUGAGGCGAUCAGCGAUUAGAUAAUUCGUCAUCGCAUCUCGAUUAAACUGAACUUACGCAACCAACGAAGGACGGUUGGUUCGGCGAUCUGUUCCUUCCGCCUCGAAUGCAUUUCCGACAGAACCAUCUCACGUGUUUCUCUGUUGGAAACACUAAUGAGUAAUGAAAGCUUACCGGACAUGCGUGAUUGGUGCAUGAUCA